AAAAGAACAAAGAAUAAUGAGAACUCAUGUUGUCAGCCUCGUAGCUCAAUUAUAUGAUUAUAUACAAUGAGACCUCAAUAAAGUAAUUGAAUUGAGCCUUUCCUGUCGUUUGAGGAGCUCAGUUAAACCCAACCACCUAUACUCUUGAUCUCCAUCUCCUUAAUCCCGACCAACCCCAAACUACCGAGCUUCAAAUCCAUUCCCGGCCAAAUGUGGUGUUAUUGGCCCGCACGGCUCUCCACAGCCCUGCCAUUACGUCUACAUCACCCCUCCUCCGUGAUAAAACUCCCAAUCCGCCCUUCUUUCUUCCCAACAACACUUAUUAACCACCGCAACACUCGAUACUUUCAUAAACAACCUCUCACGAUGUCUAAGCCAUCCCCCGUCGAGCACGUCGAGAAGAUCUCCGGGCACUCCAAGGCCUGCUGCACCAUCCCUCCGAUCGUCCCCGAGAAGGAGUACAAGGCAAAGGGCACCUACGAGACCAUCGACGGCAUCAAGACCUACGUCACCGGCUCCCCCUCCGCCACCACCGGCAUCUUCGUCGUAGCCGACAUCUUCGGCUACUACCCCCAAACCCUCCAAGGCGCCGACAUCCUCUCCUGCGACUCCACCUACCGCGUCUUCGUCCCCGACUUCUGGGACAACGAUCCCUGCCCGCUCGAAUGGUACCCCCCCACCGCUGCCACAGCUGACAAGCUCGGCAACUGGUUUAAGCAGCACGGCGACUUCCCCGCGGGCUGCGAGAAGACACAUCGCUUCCUAGAGAGCUUCAAGAAGGCGUCGCCGAAGAUCGAGAAAUGGGUCGGGCUAGGGUACUGCUGGGGCGGGAAGAUCAUUUCGCUUACUUCUGCGGAGAACACCCCGUGGGCGGUCAGUGUGCAGUGUCACCCGGCCGGUGUGAGUGGUGAGGACGCCGCGAAGAUCACGAUCCCGCAUGUGCUGCUGGCCAGUAUGGAUGAGAGUAAGAAGGAUGUGGAGGCGUUUGAUAAGAACUUGAAGGUUGUGAAACAUGUUGAGACUUGGGAUAAGAUGAUCCAUGGGUGGAUGGCGGCGAGGGGCGAUUUGGAUAACCCGGAGGUGGUGAAGGAGUAUGAGAAGGGGUAUCAGACUGUCCUGAACUUCAUCAAGAAGAACUUGUGAGUAAGGUUUCGUUGCUUUCGUCGGGGUCGAAGAACCGAUGAGGAUGGGGCGAAUGAGGGUAGGAUGUUGGAUAUGUGUUGAUGGUGUGUUUGCUUAUAUAUCCCGUGUCCGUAGAAAUGCCUCAUCUGGGUCCUCGAAAAUAUAAUUCAGUCGUUUAGCUCUCACAAAUUCCAUCAAUCUACCG